AUGGCAGGUGUGCAGGACGGCCAGGAUCAGAAGACGUCGCAGCCAGACGUAGACCGAUGUACCACCUACAGCCUCGGAGACGAGUUCUUCAGAUACCAGGGGAGCGGCGAGCCCUGCAAGUUCUCGCUGCCCUGGGCUCCCCCUACCCAGAAGAUUUUCGAGCUGAAUUUCUUCUGGCAGCUCUGGAACCACCUCGCCAAGGCGGCCAUGAAGAAGACAGUGCCCUUGGUGUCUCUCCGAAACAUGUCGUACAUGCUCAACGACGUCUACAAGAUCCCAAACCCGCUGGAUGUCAACUUCUUUGGCCAUCUCUCGAUGAAGAACAUUUCCUGGCAAGAUCUUCGGCAUUCAUUGAUCACUGACGGGCACCCGUCUAUCAGGCUGACCUUCCUGGAACGUGUCUUCCUCACCCUGGAAGAGCCCAACAGUUGCCUCCUGGGCAAGGCAUGGUUCUACAUGAUCAUGCCGCUCGGCCUGCCUAUGCAUGUCGUCUUCAAGGAAGUUUCAAUGGUCUGCGCACCCAGGUCUGCUGCUGUCGCAAACCUUUUCAGCUUCAUUCUUCCAAUGAACUUCAGCUGGAUGAUGGCCAAGAUUUGGGGCCACGCCCACCUUGAGCAGCACAAGGCGAUUUUCAGUACAGCCUGCAUGAUGGUGUUCUCAGCAGACUAUCUGGGCAAAUUGGCGUGCUCGCCUUUUGCCCGAGUGGAGCUUAUGCAGGUGUCUGACAAGUAUUUCGAUUUGGAUGAGCCCCUCGGCAAGGGAGCAGAUUACGAGCUCGUGACGUCGCAGCGAUUGGUGGUGCCGACGACUCGCGUAAAGCGGUGCCUGCAUUUUGUGCUGCAAGUGACAAAUAUGGUGGACUUGCUCGCCAUCUUGCCCUGGUGGCUGGACCUUUGCUUGCUCAACGUCUUGCCUGGGGCAGCUUUCUUACGGAUCAUCCGCAUCUCACGGAUCUUCCACCUCUUCAAGUCCGCCCGGUAUUUUGACAUGGUCCAAGUCCUUGGCUUGACUUUGUGGAAGAGCAUGUACCUGGUUGGAGUUGUGUUCGCGCUCAUCACAGUGGUGGGACUCUUUGCAGCCUGCCUGCUCCAGCAAACCGAAUCAUCCGUGGGCAGCGACAUGAGUGAGGCCUUUGAGACAGUCCCAUCAUCCUGGUUUUGGAUCGUCUGCCGACUGAUCGGAAUGAAGGACGCGAGCUAUAGAGGCGGCAUUGUGCAGAGCUUCAUUGGCAUUGCCAUCCUGGCCGUCACGCUGACACUGAAGGGUGUCCUUUGGAUUGUGCCGAUAGCGCGCAUCCGCCAAAUUUUCUCGCAAGAGUAUGCCGUGGUCGUCAAUUCCAGCACUGCUCGAAGAAAAAUGAUAGAGGAAUUGAUGGCAUUUGUUGGUGGUUCAGACCAGAGCUUCAUGCAGAGCCGCUAUGGGUACAUCUGUGGAAGCCUCCAGCUCUUCACCAAAUCAGAGGAGCAGCAAGUCUGGGUACCGCUUCCGAUCCACCAGAGUGAGGACGUUAAGCUGGACAAGUUUCGUGUGAACUUGCAGUCCAUUGAUGCGGCCGCAGAGGUGUACCUCGAGAUCGUAUGGAAGCCAAGAGAUGCAAUGAAGAACAGCGUCCACAGCCUUCCUCACGGAACCUUGAGCCUCACAAUGGUCGGGGGAUGGAGGCUGCCCGACGGCCUGCAUGAUAUUCAAUGGGAAAUCCCUGUCGACACCUUCAGCACAGAGAAGCGAGCGGCUGUAUUAAAAGCCGGCACCAAGACAACCGACACGGUCCAGUUCGACAUUUCUUGGACGGGAUCUGGUGCCGACGAUGAGCCACGCGAGAUUGAUGACGACUUGCAGAUGGAUUACAAGGACUUCCAGAAGCAGGUUCUUCAUCUUCUAAAUGAGCAAGCUGAGCUCAUCCAGGACCAGCAGCAGUGUCUCCAUGAGCAAGGACAACGGCUCAAGAAGAAAGCAUGA